CCGAUCGAUAAGGAGCCACGGAGAGACAAGCGGGGGAGAGGGGUGGAAUGUGCGAUCCUUAGCUGCAUCAGUGUCGUUUGUGACUUUCUCACUUUUUUCAAAUCUCUUUCUCUCCCUCACGCGCACGCUUGUUUGAUUCGGUUAUACAUCCCACUUCUUUUCCUUGCGCCGGCUUCGUUGUUGCCAAGAUGGGUCUCACCACAGAACUACAGAACCAGACAUCACAACCGCAGUCGAGAUCCGACUGCCCGGGCUUGACCGCGUUGCCCUCACUCCCCCUCUUCCUCGCGGCCAAAGAACAUGUGCAGAGUCGCCCCGAGCAUAUUGCCGUAGACGAUGCCACCAAGGGCCAACAAUUCACUUUCCGGCAGCUUCUGGCCGAUACGGCUGCGUUGAAGCAACACCUUCUUGAGACACUCUCGCUCACGGAAACCGGGGACUUGGACGAGCGUCGGGUCGCUUUCCUGGUGCCCAAUGGUUACGACUACGUGGUUACACAAUGGGCUAUCUGGGCGGCGGGGGGCGUCUGCGUGCCACUUUGUACCUCUCACCCGGUCAAGGAGCUUCUGUAUACGAUCGGUGACUCAGACCCCGCCGUGAUCAUCCUGCAUCCCACUUUCGCCGGAACCCAAGAAGCCCUGUUCCAGGCGGGCCUGAACAGCAGCAGCAAUAACCAUGAAAUUCCAUUCAUGAGUCUUACCCCUCACCAGCAAAAGCAAGAGGCCGAACUAUCGUCGCUCCCGCUUCCCGAAUUCUUCUCUUUGGAGUCCCAAUCAUGGCCCCUCACCCGGCGAGCGUUGAUGAUUUACACCUCCGGAACUACCGCCAAUCCCAAGGGCUGCGUCACGACGCACAAAAACAUCACCUUCCAGGCGCAAUGCCUGGUCGAGGCGUGGAAGUACUCACCCUCGGACCGGCUCAUCCACGUGCUUCCGCUCCAUCACGUGCACGGCAUUAUUAACGGCAUCACAGCCUGUCUGCUCUCCGGCGCCACUCUGGAGAUGCACCCCAAGUUCGACCCGCAGGUCAUUUGGCGCCGAUGGACCGAGGGCGGAUCGACGAUGUUCAUGGCCGUGCCGACUAUUUACUCCCGGCUGGUUGAUGACUUUGAGACCCGCAUCCAGGGCACCCCACAGGAGGAGGCAGCGCGGGCCGGGGCCCAAGCCCUGCGACUGGUCGUUAGCGGCUCUGCUGCCCUUCCGACGCCGAUCAAGAAGAAGUUUGCCGCGAUUACGGGCGGCCAGGUGCUACUGGAGCGGUACGGGAUGACCGAAAUCGGGAUGGGGAUCAGUUGUGGUUUGCCCGUGGAGCAGCGGAUCGACGGGAGCGUGGGGUGGCCGCUGCCGGGCGUCGAGGUUCGGCUGACGGAGAAGGAUACGGGCCGGAUUAUUGAAGGAGAGGACGAGGACGGAAUGAUUGAGAUUCGCGGCGAUAAUGUGUUCCGCGAGUACUGGCGGCGUCCCGAGGCUACGGCCAAGGAGUUUACGGAGGACGGUUGGUUCAAGACGGGCGAUGUAGCCAGGAGGAAUGCGCAAGGCGCGUAUUUCAUUCAGGGGCGUGCGUCGGUGGACCUGAUCAAGUCUGGAGGGUAUAAGAUCUCGGCCUUGGAGGUGGAGCGGAAGAUGCUGGGGUUGGAAGCGAUCCAGGAGGUGGCGGUUGUUGGGUUGGCGGACGAGGAAUGGGGACAGAGGGUUGCAGCCGUGGUCAAGCAACGAGCCGGCACUGAACCUCUCGAACUAACCAGCCUGCGCGCGCAGCUCAAGAAGGAAAUGGCAUCGUACAAGGUACCGACUGUGCUGAAGCUGGUCGACGCCAUCGAGCGUAACGCGAUGGGCAAGGUGAACAAGAAGACGAUUGUGAAGAAGUAUUGGCCGGAGCUGGCAGCUUAGACUCUGAGAUCGAGAGAUGAGUAUACACUAGAGCUUGAAGAGCAAGCAUGCGAUCAGAAUUCAAAAAUACUC